UUCAGGUUCAACCGCAGACAGAUGUCGCUGCUGUCAACACGCCGUCUGGCGAACAUCAUUUGAGCCCUGAACGAUGCAAGCUCAAUAACGACGGCGAUGACAAGGAGAAGUCACAAAACCUGCGCAAACUCGGUGCCCUGGUUGCCAAAGGCCCCUUCAUGGCUAGAAGAAAGCCGCAGCUACCAGAUCACAGCAUUGCUAAACUCGGUGACAACAUCAAUCACACUGCCAGCGCCAGUGACAGGCAGUUACCCGCUGCACCAAGUGCUGUGAAACCCACAAAAGCAUCUCAUUCCGUGUACGUCAGCGUGCAAACGCUCACCAAAGGAAUGGCCUUUGGCCUGUCCGACAUGGUGUUCCCCCACCAGCCCCCACUAACGCUGGUGAGUAACGGUGCGGAGUGUCUGAUGGUUGGCAAGAAGCUGUUGCUGGACCACGCCACGCCUGACUUCCUCGCGCGCCUGCAAGAAGCGAUCCACCCAUACCCGUGCGAAGAGGACCUGCAAAGAUACCUUGACCUCCAGCUCACUUGGGAUGCGCAUCGUCGGGCUGUGGCCACCAGCGUCUGGCACGGGCAUCGGCGGAACAAAGCAGACAAAAACGACUGCAGACUCCACCCAGCUGGGGAUGGGGAUCAGUGCGUUUCGUAAGACAACCUUUCCCUUACUGCAUUCAGUCUGCAAGACAAGAAUUGCUCUCCUCCACAAGCACCGGAAGCAGCACCACUUGUCUGCGCUUCUUGCUGAAAUCUCCGUGGUCCCUGUCUGAUCGGACCAUCUGAAAGCCGUUCAAUCUGACGGACUUAUUUAUACUAGAACUCUGAGAAUACAUCCCGAAAAGUGAUUUACAGAGAAAGAAUUUUUGAAUUUCGAGAGACUGAGAUUAUCGUUGUACCUUCGAAAAUCAGGAAUGAGGAUCUGGUAGCAGAUGGACAACAGGAAGAGGAUAAGAUGGGUAUCAACAGAAUUAUGGAUAUCUGGAAGACAAUGAGUAUCACCAAGAGGACAAAAGAGUAUCAGGAGAACGAUGGUGGAUAUCAGGUAGAUAUCUGGAGGAAAAGAAGAUGAGACCAUCAGAAUGAUAAGCAGGUAUCAGGUGGGAGAUCGGGAGUAGGUGGAACAGGGGCCUUUACUGACCUACGUAGGGAUCUGACGACGACACGUUAACGGUGAUAGAGAAAGUCAAGUUCGAAUCCAGCCAGCAGCUCUCGCAUACCCAAGAACUACGAUGGACUUGAACUUUCUUCAAAUCUCGCGCGAAGGUCCGAGACGCGGGUCUAGCCUUGUCUUCCCACCUCUGUCCGCGUCCUGCCCAGGUCUCCCAAUGGUGUCUUGGCGACCGUCUCGGUCUUAUUUGCCGCGGUUAGUAGAGAGAGGAAUGCGAGAAGAAGCUUAUUGAUUGAACAAAGCCGUCGCUUUGCUCGGCAAGCAGCAGAUGUGGCCGAAGAUGCUGGUCAAUUUUCCAAUAAUCCGGGCACUUCAGGACAUGUGCAGACCUCGUUUUUUUUUUUCCACCCUCAUUCCGUCGUGUCCUCUGCCUCACUUUUUUGUCGGGGGGCAAGAUCCCAAAGCUUUGAGCAGGACGCGUUGAAGUUCUUCUGGAUAUUCGUCUAAUUUUUUUCUCUUUGAUAUUCUUUGGAUGUAAAUCCAAUGGUAGGAGUGUACCUCUGGAGAGACUGAAUGUUCAAAUGGAUUUAUUUGUUUAUUACAAUUGAAAUUGGAAUUUAUAUACAAUUGUCAUUUGCUUAAUUCUUUUUACAUUUUUUGGCGCAAACUGUUGUAAAGUUUAUUUUAAAGCAUGCAUACUGGUGUAAUGAGAACGGACAAUAUAUUGAGAAACAGUUACUGUAAGCCUAGUACUGACCACAUGUGGGGGACCUGGAAUUAUGUCUGGUCGAAAAUAAUAGAAUAAAGGAAGCGACAGAAGAUUAACAUGAAAUAUUUUUAAAUUAGUAAAAUUAAAACUGCUGACCGUUUCAUUAGAUUCUCAGGUCAGAUGUAAUAAUUAUGAUAUUACCAAGCCAAUAACAGCGCAAUAAAAAAAAAA